UUGAGGAUGUGUCAGCAGCCUGCUGCGUGGAAGCAGGAAGAAGCUGAUCGGAGGAGUAUAAAUUUGGAUGGGCAAAGCAGGCUGAGCCACCUUGAGGAGACAGCGCAAGGAGAAGAGAUCUGAUCCUUAAACGGUGGUGUCUGAAACCCCCCAGCCACAAAAGAUGACUCUGAAGGCAGCAGCCUUGAUCCUCAGCCUCUUGGCUAUCACAGGGGCCCAGGCCGAGAUCAGCGCCGACCAGGUGGCUGACGUGGUCUGGAAGUACUUCACUGAUAUGGGCAACAAUGCCAAGGAGACGGUGGAUCAAGUCCAGCAGUCAGAAAUCAGCAAGAGGAUGAACACCCUCUUCCAAGGCAACGUCCAGGCCCUCAACACCUAUGCCAGGGAGAUGCAGAACAAGGUGGUCCCCUUUGCUACAGACCUGCAGCUUCGGCUGGCAGGAGAGUCCGAGAGGCUGAAGCAGCAAAUCCAGCAGGAGCUGCAGCAGCUCCGAGCUCAGUUGGCCCCUCACACCGACGACUUCCAAUCAGCAAUCGGCAGGAACAUUCGGGAGCUGGAGGCCAACCUGGCCCCUUAUGCAGAGAAGCUGAAGGCCCGGCUGAACCAGAAUGCUGGAGAGCUGCGCAGGAAGCUGGAGGCCCUGGCCCAGGAGGUGCAGGCCAAGCUGCAGGAGAACAUGGGCAGCCUCCGGACCUCCCUGUCUCCCUAUGCCGAUGAGCUGCAGCAGCAGGUCAACCAGAAGGUGGAGGACAUCAAAGGGAGCCUGACACCCUAUGCUGAUGAGCUGAAGGGCAAGGUGGACCAAACCAUGGUAGAGCUGCGGAAAAGCCUGUCUCCCUACACCCAGGACGCCCAAGAGCAGCUGAACCGCCAGCUGGAGGGACUGUCUUUCCAGAUGAAGAAGAGCAUCGAGGAUCUGCGGGCCCAGCUCUCGGAGAGGACCGAGGAUCUGCGCCUCAAGCUGAGCCCUCUUGCCCAGGAGCUGAGGGAGAAGCUGCAGGGGGACGCGGCUGACCUGCGCGAAUCUCUGACGCCCUACGUGGAAGGCUUGAACAAAAAGAUCGACCUGCAAAUCGAGGAGUUCCGUCAGGUGGUGGGGCCCUAUGGAGAGAAUUUCAACAGGCUCCUGGUGCAGAAGGUGGAGGAGAUGAAGAAGAAGCUGGAGCCUUACGCUGGUGAGACGGAGGAUCACUUGAGCUUCCUGGAGAAAGACGUGAGGGACAGGCUCAAUUCCUUCUUUGACAGCCUCAAGCAGAUGGCCACUGAAAAGGCCCUUCUCCCCUCUUCGGAGGAAUAGUAGAAGGCACCUUAUAUUUCUGACACCACGGCCCCAGCGUGUCUUCUGCUUGAAGCCACCACUGAAACACCACCGAAAACAGGACUCCUGGCAAGAUUCAGGAUGCUGCAGCCCAGAAUAAAUGUUUGGGGCGGUGCUGGUGGCCACAUUUCUACUACCCUCUCUGUCCACUGCUGCUAACAAUCUCCAUGCACUGUUGUGUGCCCAGACACACACACUCUCUGCUGCAAUAAACAAACUCCUCAGCAAUA